UAUUCCCCUCAUCUUUCUGGUCACCGUAUAAAAUAUAUUUGACUAGGAGAAAUCAAAAUUGUCUUUCUCUCGUCGCCCUUUUCUGCAUUGCCAAUCCCUUCCUUAUAUAUAUGCCCCAGGUUUAAAUUCUUUAAACAAACCUCAGCUUUCAAAAGUCAACAGCAUCAAUCUUCCUCGUUCUUCACCGCCAUCAUUCCUGAAAACGUUCCUGUACCAGAAAAUUCUCCUGAGAGGCCAAAAUGGGUAGCGAAAGCCAUCAGCUUCACGUUCUCUUCUUCCCUUUCAUGGCUCGGGGCCACAUGAUCCCAAUGAUCGACAUGGCUAAAAUGUUUGCCAUGAGAGGCUGCAAGUCCACGCUCAUCGCCAUGUCCAAGGAUGAGACCACCUUCUUGAAAUCCGUCGCGAAACCCAAGGAUUUGGGCUUCGAAAUCGAUGUCGUCACGGUGACAUUGCCCCUGAAAGAGGUCGGCUUGCCAGAAGACUGUGACAAUAUAAACAAGGCCACUAUGAUGGAUAUGCGCAAGCAAUUCGUGAGUGCCCUCACGAUGCUGGACCGACAGCUCGAGUUGCUGAUAGAGAAACUUGCCCCCGAUUGUCUAAUCUCGGACAUGUUCUACCCCUGGACAACCGAGAUCGCGGCCAAGUGCGGCAUUCCUAGGCUCGUUUUCCAUGGGACAAGUGCCUUCUCCAUGGCAGGCACAGAAUGCGUGAGGCUCUAUGAACCUCACAAGACGGUGUCCUGCGAUUCAGAGCCCUUCGUCAUCCCCAACUUCCCUGGAGAAAUUACACUGUCCAAGAUGCAGUUGCCAGACUUUGUAAGGGAAGAGACCGAGUUCACCAAGUUCUACAAUGUGGUGAAGGAAUCGGAGAAGAGGAGCUUCGGAGUCGUCAUGAAUAGCUUCUACGAGCUCGAGCCGGAUUACGCUGACCAUUACAGGACAUUCCUCGGGAGACGAUCCUGGUUUGUCGGCCCGUUCUCACUGUGCAAUAAGGAGAUUGAGGACAAAGCACACAGGGGCAACCAAGCAUCCAUUGACCAGCACGAGUGCCUCCAGUGGCUUGACUCGAAGCAACCCAACUCAGUAAUCUACAUUUGCUUUGGAACCAUGGCGGAUUUCAACGCUGCUCAGCUCCAUGAGAUCGCUGUCGGACUGGAAGCAUCAGGGCAACAGUUCAUUUGGGUGGUGAAGAAGGACCCGAAUGUGGAAGAAGGCAAAGAAGAGUGGCUGCCUGACGGGUACGAAUCAAGAAUCCGAAACAAGGGCCUCAUCAUAAGGGGCUGGGCUCCUCAGGUGCUGAUUCUCGAUCACGAGGCAAUCGGGGGAUUCGUGACGCAUUGCGGGUGGAACUCAACCCUGGAGGCGGUCACGGCCGGCGUGCCGAUGGUGACGUGGCCGGUCGCAGCAGAGCAAUUCUACAACGAGAAGCUCGUGACCCAAGUGCUCAAGAUCGGGGUCGACAUCGGGGUGAAGCAGUGGGUGAGCAAGUUCGGCGAUAGCGUGAAGAGCGAGAGAGUGGAAGAGGCGGUGAAGAGAAUUUUGGUGGGUGAGGAAGCAGAGGAAAUGAGAAGGAGAGCGAAAGCGCUUGCAGAGAUGGCGAGAGGGGCUGUGGAAGAAGGUGGGUCUUCUUGGUCUGAUUUGGGUGCUCUGAUUAAAGAGCUCAGACUGCACAGAUUGGCUCACAAUAAGAAGAUCUGAUUCAUGACCUGGAACAAUCAAUCUUGAAUUUUUGCUUCAAGAGAAUAAAACUGAAAAAAUAGAAAUCUUCUAUUCUCAGUUUAUGCUGUGGUUUAGCAGUAGAGAAAAAAGCUGGAUUUGCAGUUUCUUUUCAUGGGAUUUAUUUUCGGAAUGUUGUGAUCAUUCAAUGUGUAGGAUGUGAGUUAACUUCUUUUGAGGUAAUAGGCAAAGUAUACACGAUCUUGAAUUCUUUUGUGCCGAAGAAAUUGAAGUUAAGUCUCAUAGUUGCAAUUUCAA